GUGAAAAGGAGGUUCUUGAGAACUUAAAGAAUUUGCUGGGAACGAAUAUUCCAUUAGCGCCACCACCGCCGCAGUUUCGACAUUGAAACGUUUCAAUCAGCCAGAGAGAGACUGCUUUCGCAGCCAGCUUGAGGUAGUCGCAGCAUCAAAUUGGACGAGCAGUAAGAAAUAGAAAGGAGACUAAAUUGGGAACACUGAUCUUGUAUCGUUACCACCAUCACCGCACGCGUCGCCACCGUCCAUGUCGUUCAAGAAUCUCGCGCUUUACCCUGCUAAUCCCACUACCAGUCGUGGCGUCUCUACGAAGCUCAGUUCAAGCAAAGGAAAGGUUGUGUAUGCCAAUGGCCGGGCCGUCAUCAUACGCGAUUUGAACAAUCCAGGCCUGUCUGUUGCAUACGCAGGUCAUGUCCAGAAUACUACGGUUGCUCGUAUAUCGCCAUCGGGAUACUACUGCGCGUCUGCGGAUGCAGCGGGAACGGUCAGAGUUUGGGAUACCGUUGGUGAAGACCAGACCCUGAAAGGAGAGUACAAAGUCAUUUCUGGGCGCAUAAAUGAUCUAGAAUGGGAUGGAGAAAGCAAGCGAAUUAUUGCAGUUGGAGAUGGAAGAGAGAAAUUCGGGCAUGCCUUCAUGAUGGAUACUGGAUCGUCUACAGGAGAGAUUAUCGGUCAUUCCAAGGCCAUCAAUGCUGUUGCCAUCCGGCACCAACGACCGUUUAGAGCUGCUACUGCUGCGGACGACAAUCUCAUUGUAUUCCAUCAAGGAGCUCCGUACAAGUACGACAAGACCAUCAAAACGCAUACCAAGUUCGUCCAAGAUGUCAGAUAUGCUCCAUCUGGAGACCACUUUGCUAGCGUCGGAUCAGACGCCAAGAUUUUCAUCUACGACGGCAAAACAGGAGAGACCUCGAACGAAUUUACUGAUAGCCCCCAUAAAGGAACCAUCAUGGCUUGUUCAUGGGGUGCCGAUAGCAAGUCCCUUGUCACCUCAUCUGCCGAUUGCACUGUCAAAUUGUGGGACGUUGAAACGCGUAAAUCUGUUACAACAUGGACUGUUGGUUCCGGUGUCGACAACCAACAGGUCGGAAAUACGUGGAGCACCGAGACAGGGAUUGUCUCGCUGUCGCUCGGGGGAGAUCUCAAUGUCUUCGAUCCAAGAGUUGGCGACAAGUCAACGAAAACUAUAACAGCACCGCAGAAGGCUAUCACGGCGAUAUCUCCCUCCUCAGCUGGAACGUUCCUCGCAGGUUCGGCAGAUGGACACGUCUUGUCGUACUCAAUAGCAUCUGCGGAAUCUAUCCCAUUGAAGGGUGAAGGGCAUUCUAACUUUGUUACUGCACUGGCUACCUCCUCGGCUGACGGGAAAGUGUUCUCUGUCGGGUUUGACGAUAGAGUACGCGAGAUAGCUAGCGAUGGCAAAAAGUUCACGCCGACUUCGUUGUCAACAGCAUCACAGCCGAAGGGAAUAGCGGUCGCAGAAGAUUCAUCAGUCUUCGUGGCUGAAGUUAACACCGUCGAGGUUAUCCGCUCUAACCAGAAAGUGUUUGAGAUAACGCCGAAGUCGGCGCCAACUGCUGUGGCGGCGUCGGGCAACCUCGUUGCUGUUGGAGGAGAGCAAAAGGUUGUAUUAUAUGAAUGGGACGGGAGGAGCUUAAAGGAAGGAGGUCUGUUGGAAGGAAAUAAGGGAGUGAUAAGUGCUCUUAGUUUUUCGCUUGACGGUAAAUACCUAGCUUCCGGCGAUUCUUCUGGCAGAAUUGCCUUGUUCAAUGUGACGGAAAAGAAGUUGCUGACCUCCCGAUGGUCCUUCCACUCCGCUCGAGUCAACUCGCUUUCAUGGACUGCUGAUUCCAAACAUUGCGCGUCUGGCUCUUUGGAUACUCAUGUGUAUAUCUGGAGUGUCGAGAAGCCGAUGAAGAACAUUGCUCUGAAGAAUGUAGGGCCUGGAGGUGUCAGUGCUGUUCUUUGGGUCGAGAGUGGAGAUGGAAAGAUUGGAAAGCUGGUCAGUGCUGGUGCGGAUGCGUGUGUUCGGGUAUGGGAAAUCAAGUUCCAUGUGUAACAAAGGUAAAUGAAAAGGAAAUGAGCAACGUUGUACAAGGAGCAUUCAUCAACUAAUGUAGGAUUAUUUACCCAGAAAGUUUGUAUACGGGAUCUUGCAAAUAUCAACUCUGACUUCGUAAUUAGGAG